ACGGUAAUCAUCUUUGGAUAGACUAUUUAACAACAGUACUCUGGAGCUCUCUGUAUGAUCAACAUUGUCAUUGUCGCUGGUUAUUGUAAAGAAGACAAGUCAAGUAUGAAGAUUGUGGCCGUGUUAAUAACCUUGGUUGCCCUUGUUGGCCUCUCUACGGCACGGCUGACCAUUUAUCCUCACCCUAGCGAAACUGGUGAUUGUCCAGGCAAUCUGGUAAUCACUAAACGAGAAGGUUGCGACACGGUUUGUGCUAAAACCUGCGCUCAACCUGUCGUCGGAAUUUGCUAUUUCCUGUGCUGGCGAGGUUGCGUUUGCCCCGAGGACCGCCCCAUUGUCCUCGAUGAGAAAAACUGGACAUGCGGCAAGUUGGCUGACUGUCCCGCACAAUAAAUUGAUAUUUGUUUGAAAGUUUUUCCCAUUUUAUGUAUAGUCUAAGCCAAAGCUGUAGUUUCUGGUGUGGCUCAUGCUCAGCAAAUAUACAUUUGAAUCUUGUUGGA